AUGAACAACCUUCCGUUCAAGUAUCCGGAGAUGGAGGACCUCCCUGAUCGACGCGUACAAAGAGCACGGCCAUUCGAGCACGUUGGCAUCGACUAUUUUGGUCCCCUCACGGUGAAAGAGCGCGAUGAAACCGUCAAAGCUUAUGGUAUUAUCAUGACGUGUACACUGACAAGGCUUCUCCACUUGGAACUCGCGUCAGAUAUGACUACUGCUAACCCGCUAAACGCUCUACGAUGGUUUCUUGCUAGGAGAGGUGUCCCAACCUCGAUCACUUCGAACAACGGGCCCUAUUUUCUUCUAGGAGAGCAGAUUCUCCAGGAUGCUGUGCUGCCGGUCAUCAACGACAAAUCCUUUGCCAAAGCCAUGGCUACAAAGGGAAUUACUUGGAAGACAAUCACGCCGUACGCUCCGUGGCAGGGAGUUUUCUAUGAGCGUUUCAUCAAAUCUGUUAAACAUUCCCUUUACAAAGUCAUUCAAGGAAGGGUCCUAACGAAGUCAGAAAUGGAAACCUUGCUGAUUGAGAUUGAAGGCAGUCUCAACACAAGACCGCUGUCAUAUCAGGAACAGCAUUGGAAUGAAACUCCGAUUUUGCGACCGAUCGACUUCAUACAACGUGACAUGGUGAUCACAUUCCCUUUUGAAACAUGUAGCACCGGAAAUCCAGUAAUACCUCGUAAUUCCUGGAAAAUUGGAAUAAUUCGUAAACUGAAGCAAUCUCCAACGGUAGUGGUGAAGCAGAGAUUCAACUACCGAACGGACGCCUCGUUCGCCGACCUGUCAAUCUUCUCGUGCCGAUUGAAUUGGACGACAACGAAGAAGCUGCCGACUGCGAAAGUGUUAAAAACGAAGAGGAAACAAGUGCUCACCCCACGGGACGAAGUCCCCGAAUUUACAAAAGAGACGCGCUACAAUUUACAUCCACGGAAAAAGCUCGACUACAGUAAUCUCCACCACGGUACCGCAAACAUGCAAUUAGUAAAGACGCUUCCUACAACACUAUUGUUGCUGGCACUACUAGCGCUUUUCAAUGCAUCAGUCGAAGCAGUUUCGACUCCAUUGUCUUCAGUUCGAGCAUUCGCACGCCGCUCUUCAAAAAGAGUUGAACUCAUAUCGUUCAACGCCCAGAAGUAUGAGCUUUGCGCAGGAGAAUACUGCAUCGCUAAAGAGAAACUGCCGAAAAAGGAAACGAUACAGCUACCUCCAGAAAUCACCUUGCAGGACUACUUCAUUCAGUGGGAAAUCUCCGAUGGUCACCAAGUGACAGUUGUUGAAGCCACCAGCCCUCAAGUACCGUUCUGCGAAAACGCUAACGUGCUGAACCCAAAAGGUUCACCUCGAGCAGCGAUUACAGUAAUUGCGAUCGGCUUCUACCUUACUACUACACUGAUCUACGUUCUUUGCUACGUACCUGUAACGCUAGGCAUACCAUGUCGGAUUCUCUGCAAAAUUCUUGACGACUCCACCACACCAUCAGCGCCGGGAACCCACUGCCAGCAGUGCGAAAACACGCGCCAACGAGAGCAGAUUGUACACGCGAUACAACACCAAGGUCAACUCGCACAUCGCUGGACCAUCAUACUUCGCCACCAGAUCAACUAUGCCGGGGAGUAUAGAGAGUCACCUCUCUAUGAUCAGUUUAUCUCAAGAUUGUGUUAG